GGUCUGGAAGAGAUAGGAACACUGGACAGUUUGAUGGUGUCCACUAUUGACUUUGCAGAUAUCACUACAUUGGUGACAGAUAGUCACCUUCCCCAAUUCUUCAACUUCCUCACCAGUUUAGAUCAAUACCAAGAUACAACAGCAACUCAAUCCAAAGACUCCACAGUCAUCUGGAGGGAUCAGACCCAAGAAAACUCCAGAGUCACCAUUGGGUCCUCUGAUCAUGUGAGAAAGAAAGACCAUGAAGCCUCUGAGUUGAUUGAUGGANCUCCUCAGGNNAAAAUCCCAAANUGGNAUCUAGUAGAGGAAGAAGGGGCUAUGGCCAGUUUNGGGGUCAGUGACANGGCUAUUGACAACAUGGCAAAGGACUUGGAGGGCAAAGCUCCCAAAAUGUCACCCAUCAGGCCCAGCAGAGCUAGGGGAAAAGGGCAAGACAAGACCACAUGGACCAGAGAAAAUAAUUCCAAGAAAACAGAGGAGCUCAAGAAGUCAAGGAACAGAGUCAAAGCUGAAGAGCCCACCAUCCUGAAGACCAAGAUAAAGAGGGAUCUACCUGAGCUCAGCCACAACAGCUUUAAAAAGCCUAGAACUCACCUUGGCACGCACAUGCUGGAGUCUGUGCAGGUCUUCUACCCUCUGGGGAAAAAGAGUGAGAAGAAACCUGCCACCACUUCUUCCCAGGCUCUGGGAACUUUUAGCAGCAACAAAUAUCCUGGGCCAGGCCCAGCCACAACAGUACUACAGGAUAUGCCACAUGAGUGCCAGGGCCCUGACAAAACUCCAGGCAAGGUUCAGAGAGCAGAGAGCAGUGCUCUCAAGGAGUGUCCAUCUCAGUCUCAGUAUGAGCUGCCCCCAGCUGGGAAGGUCAGGUUAGUACCUCUGCCUUUCCCAACCCAGGANCANCCUCAAGCCAGACCUGUUUNNAGAAAGCCCCUCGAUNUGGCUUCAUACAGGCCCACUACAGCUUACUCUGAGAGGUGUCAUUUUCACUCGGCUCAGCUUACCACACUAAAGCCAUCACAACCACCUUCUAUCAGCAAAUCUUUGAUGGCUUCUGCCAAGCCAGCUAUGCCAAUUUCUUCCAGUGCCACACAAUCGAAUGUAACCAAUAUCACCCACAGUAGCACUGUGCCUCAAUCAGGCACCUUGAGGCCUACAUCCUAU